CGCCGCUCUGCCCCGCCCCCUCUGCGAUGCCCUCUGCACCCCAGACCCCGGGUCGGCGCGCCGCGCGUCAGCGUGUCGCCCCGCUCCGAUGAGUCGGUGGGACAGCUGUGUGGCCGAGGCUAGUGGACGCAGCAGCCCACCAGGCCGGCCGCCUGCCGUCGGGGUCACUGCGCCCUUGCGGUCUCCCCGGAGCUCCGGCCCCCAGCCGCCCUCCCCAGAUUUUCAGCUACUGAUGUUACAACCAAUAAAAUAUUGGAGCAUAGAGUUGAGGAAAAGACUUAAACCAGGUUUUUCUUCAGUUAGUUAAAAAUAUGGAUCCUGAGAAAAGGGAGCCACAGACCAUCAAAGUGACACCUCUUCAGCAAAUGCUUGCCUCCUGCACAGGAGCUAUACUGACGUCAUUAAUGGUGACUCCCCUGGAUGUUGUUAAAAUUCGACUUCAAGCCCAAAACAACCCAUUCCCCAAAGGAAAAUGUUUUGUGUAUAGUAAUGGACUCAUGGAUCAUGUGUGUGUCUGUGAAGAGGGAGGCAGCAAAGCAUGGUAUAAGAAGCCAGGAAACUUCCGUGGUACAUUGGAUGCCUUUUUAAAAAUCGUUCGAAAUGAGGGCAUUAAAUCCCUGUGGAGUGGUCUUCCCCCUACCCUAGUAAUGGCAGUUCCUGCUACAGUUAUUUAUUUUACCUGCUAUGAUCAAUUAUCUGCUCUUUUGAAAUCUAAACUAGGAGAAAAUGAAACCUCCAUACCAAUUUUUGCUGGAAUUGUGGCCCGAUUUGGUGCAGUAACCGUGAUAAGUCCAUUAGAAUUGAUUAGAACCAAGAUGCAGUCUAAGAAGUUUUCUUACAAGGAAUUGCAUCAGUUUGUCAGCAAGAAAGUGUCUGAGGAUGGCUGGAUUUCCCUUUGGAGGGGCUGGUUUCCUACUGUUCUUAGAGAUGUUCCUUUCUCAGCAAUGUACUGGUAUAACUAUGAAAUUUUAAAGAAAUGGUUGUGUGAGAAGUCUGGCUUAUAUGAACCAACAUUUAUGAUCAACUUUACUUCAGGGGCAUUGUCUGGUUCUUUUGCAGCUAUUGCAACCUUACCAUUUGAUGUGGUAAAAACACAAAAGCAGACACAGCUUUGGACGUAUGAAACUCAUAAAAUAUUAUUUCUUUAUUUAGUUUCUGUGCCUUUACAAAUGUCAACCUGGGUUAUAAUGAAGAACAUUGUUGCUAAAAAUGGAGUUUCUGGAUUAUUUACAGGCCUGAUACCUCGCUUAAUUAAAAUUGCCCCUGCUUGUGCAGUUAUGAUCAGCACAUACGAAUUUGGAAAGGCCUUUUUCCAGAAACAGAACACUGGAGGGCAGAACUAGUCAUGCUGCUUCAUGGUGGUAACGACCGCAGCCAGAUGAGGUGGAUGCGCGUAGGCAAGCACUGUUUUCACAAUCAUUUCUUUAGAAUGAUUUUGUCUUCCUCUCCUAGAAUUUAAAAAAAUAGUAAUUUUUAAAUCUCCCUAUAAAUUAUAAUUCUAAUUUAAAAAUAAAUUUUUUCCUGUUUUUGGAGAUACUUGAUAUUCCAGAAAUCACAAACUGAGUAUGCUUCUAAAGAAAAAGGAAAUUACUCCUCACGUUGAAAACAA